AUGGCUGCCACGGAAUCCGGCGAUGAUUUUCGCAUUAUCAUUGUUGGGGGCGGUAUAGCAGGACUUGCUACUGCAAUCGCAUUACGUGCUCCCAGGCGCCAGAUCACGGUGCUAGAGCGUUCUCGCAUGCUCAGAGAGACAGGUGCUCUGAUCUCCCUUCAGCCGAAUGCUUCCAAGAUCGUGACGGAAUGGGGCCUUGAUCCCAUCCUGCAACGGGUCGCAGAGCCCCAAGCCGACAAGGCAUUCCGCAUGUUCAACACGGAGGGCAUUCUGGUCCGGGGGAUCCCUCUGAACACCAGCACGUUUGGCGCGGACCGGAUGCUGUACCAUCGGCAAGAUCUGCACGCGGCCUUGAGAGAGGCGGCGAGUACGACUGAGGGUGACUGGGAGGGGAAGCCAGGCGUUGUGAUCAAGACUUCGGCCGAGGUAGUGGAUUGUGACGCGGCUGGAGGGACUGUGUCUCUGAAAAGUGGUGAAACUCUGAAAGCGGACCUCAUCAUUGGCGCAGAUGGCAUCAAAUCAGUCAUCAGGAAUGUCGUGGUGGGUGAGGAGAGGACCGCCCAGCCUACCGGGCUCUCCGCGUACCGGAUGCUCAUACCCGCCGCAAAGCUCCCAACUGAACAGAUACCAGAAGGGAUUCUUAAGAUGGAAGACCCAGCAGCAACGACAAUGCUCGUCGGAAAGGACAAGCGUGUCAUCAUGGGCCCCGGCAGAGGCGGAACACUGCUCGGCAUCGUCGCCUUGGUGCCAGACGAGACUGCAGAGGACCCCGCCGACGAGUCGUGGACGCGGCCAGGCUCCAAGCCAGAGCUUCUGGCCGCGUUUGCCGAUUUCCCUUCCUGGCUUCGUGACAUCUUUGAACAAGCAGAGGACGAUGAGAUCGGGCUGUGGCAGCUCCGUGACAUUGACCCUUUGCCGAAUUGGACCAAGGGUCGGGUUGUACUCAUCGGUGAUGCAGCACAUGCGAUGCUGCCCACUCAGGGACAGGGUGCCAGUCAGGCGAUCGAAGAUGCUGAGGCUAUUCAGGCCUUCUUGUCUGACCUCGACGACCGGCCGGUGUCGAAGGAUCAGGUGGAAAAGGCUUUGGAGAAGGUGUUCAAGGCGAGGUACGAGAGAGCCAGCCUGAUCCAGGCAUAUAGCAGGGAGCAAGCACGGCCAGGCACGGCGGGCAGAGAAGUAACGCUGGAUCCUGCUGAGUUUAUGAGGUUUAACUGUGAAUAUCAAGGGGCGGUUGAUUGGUUGGAAAGGCAGGCCAGGAAAAGCCACAGGCCAUCAGAUCCAGAAGGGCCGAGCUUGGUGGACGAAAUGGACAAGCUCAAGCUUGUUGAUCCUUGCUAG